AUGGGGCCCUUUGACAUCCUCAUCCUCAUGACCAUCUUCGCCAACUGCGUGGCCCUGGGGGUCUAUAUCCCCUUCCCCGAGGACGACUCCAACACCGCCAACCACAACCUGGAGCAGGUGGAAUACGUCUUCCUCAUCAUCUUCACGGUGGAGACGUUCCUGAAGAUCAUCGCGUACGGGCUGGUCCUGCACCCCAGCGCCUACAUCCGCAACGGCUGGAACCUGCUGGACUUCGUCAUCGUGGUGGUGGGGUUGUUCAGCGUGGUCUUGGAGCAAGCAUCCCACAAGCCCGGGGACGCCCACCACAUGAGCGGGAAGCCGGGCGGUUUCGACGUCAAAGCCCUGCGGGCCUUCCGCGUCCUCCGGCCCCUGCGCCUCGUCUCCGGCGUCCCCAGCCUGCACAUCGUGCUCAACUCCAUCAUGAAGGCCAUGGUGCCCCUGCUGCACAUCGCGCUGCUUGUCCUCUUUGUCAUCAUCAUCUACGCGAUCAUCGGCCUGGAGCUCUUCAUCGGCCGCAUGCACAAGACCUGCUUCAUCGUGGGCUCAGGACCCCCCAGCAGCCCAACCCCGGGACCACCUGCAUCCCAACCUCCCAGGUCCCCCUGCACCCCCUCUCAGUGCGUCACCAUGGAGGGCUGGAUCGAGGUGCUCUACCGGAUGCAGGACGCUAUGGGGCACGAGCUGCCCUGGGUUUACUUCGUCAGCCUGGUCAUCUUUGGCUCCUUCUUUGUGCUCAACCUGGUGCUGGGGGUGCUGAGCGGGGAGUUCUCCAAGGAGCGGGAGAAGGCCAAAGCCCGGGGUGACUUCCAGAAGCUGCGGGAGAAGCAGCAGAUGGAGGAGGAUCUCAGGGGCUACCUGGACUGGAUCAUGCAGGCCGAGGACAUCGACCCCGAUGACGAGGAGGGGGACCCCGAGGACAAGCACGCCCUGAUCCCCGGGCGUCUCUCCCCAGCCUACGCCAACAAGGUGCUGCUCUCGCUCUUCACGCUGGAGAUGCUGCUCAAGCUCUACGCCCUGGGCCUGCAGGGCUAUUUCAUCAGCUUCUUCAACCGCUUCGACUGCUUUGUGGUGUGCGGGGGCAUCCUGGAGACGGUGCUGGUGGAGCUGCAGGUCAUGGAGCCACUCGGCAUCUCCGUGCUCCGCUGCGUCCGCUUGCUGCGCAUCUUCAAAGUCACCAGGUCCGAGGGGGGAACCAGGCAUCGGGGCUGGGCGUGGGGCUGGGCCGGGCAUAUCCUGCUGAACGUUUUCCUGGCCAUUGCUGUGGACAAUCUGGCCGAUGGGGACAACAUCAACUCGUCCAAGGAGGAGGAGAGGAGAAAGGGGAAGGCGGCGGAUGAAGCCCAGGGUAGCGGCAGCCAGGAUGGCAGCAUGAAGAUGCCGUGUGGGGAGGAAGAGGAGGAGGAGGAUGAAGAAGGGAGUGAAGAAGGAGGGGAGGAGACUGAGGAGGGCGACCAGGAAAGCCUGGCCAAGUCCCACCUGGACAAGCUGGAGCAGGCGCCGACCGAGAAAGUCCUGCCCAUCCCGGCCGGCAGUGCCUUCUUCAUCCUGAGCAGCACCAACCCGCUCCGGGUGGGGUGUCACGCCUUGAUCCAUCACCAUAUCUUCACCAACCUCAUCCUCGUCUUCAUCAUCCUCAGCAGCAUCUCGCUGGCUGCCGAGGACCCCAUCCGGGCCCACUCCUUCCGCAACAUCAUUCUGGGGUACUUCGACUAUGCCUUCACCUCCAUCUUCACCGUGGAGAUCCUGCUCAAGAUGACAGCCUACGGCGCCUUCCUCCACAAAGGCUCCUUCUGCAGGAACUGGUUCAACCUGCUGGAUCUGCUGGUCGUGAGCGUCUCCCUCAUCUCCUUUGGGAUCCACUCCAGCGCCAUCUCUGUGGUGAAGAUUUUGCGGGUGCUGCGCGUGCUGCGGCCUCUCCGAGCCAUCAACCGGGCCAAGGGGCUGAAGCACGUGGUCCAGUGCGUCUUUGUGGCCAUUCGCACCAUCGGCAACAUCAUGAUCGUCACCACCCUGCUGCAGUUCAUGUUCGCCUGCAUCGGGGUGCAACUCUUCAAGGGGUUGGCACAUCGGGGUCCCCCUCCCACUGAUGCCUGCCCGCCCCCCAGGGGCACGUUCAUCGUGUACAAGGACGGGGACGUGGGGCACCCCAUGGUGCGUGAGCGGAUCUGGCACAACAGCGACUUCAACUUUGACAACGUCCUGUCCGGCAUGAUGGCCCUGUUCACCGUCUCCACCUUCGAGGGCUGGCCCAGCCUACUGUACAAGGCGAUUGACGCCAACGGGGAGAACCGGGGCCCCAUCUACAACUACCGGGUGGAGAUCUCCGUCUUCUUCAUCGUCUACAUCAUCAUCAUCGCCUUCUUCAUGAUGAACAUCUUCGUGGGCUUCGUCAUCAUCACCUUCCGCGCCCAGGGUGAGCAGGAGUACCGCAACUGCGAGCUGGACAAGAACCAGCGGCAGUGUGUGGAGUACGCGCUGAAGGCCCAGCCGCUGCAGCGCUACAUCCCCAAGAACCGGCACCAGCACCGGGUGUGGGCGGCCGUGAACUGCUCGGCCUUCGAGUACGGCAUGUUCCUGCUCAUCCUGCUCAACACCAUCGCCCUGGCCGUGCAGCACUACGAGCAGUCGCAGCCCUUCAACUACGUCAUGGACCUGCUCAACAUGGUCUUCACCGGCCUCUUCACCGUGGAGAUGGUGCUGAAAAUCAUCGCCUUCAAACCCCGGCACUAUUUCUGCGACGCCUGGAACACCUUCGACGCGCUGAUCGUGGUGGGCAGCGUGGUGGACAUCGCCGUCACCGAGGUCAAUAAUGGUGGCCAUGUCGGAGAGAGCUCGGAGGACAGCUCCCGCAUCUCCAUCACCUUCUUCCGCCUCUUCCGCGUGCUGCGCCUGGUGAAGCUGCUCAGCAAAGGCGAGGGGAUCCGCACGCUGCUCUGGACCUUCAUCAAGUCCUUCCAGGCCCUGCCCUAUGUUGCCCUGCUGAUCGCCAUGAUCUUCUUCAUCUACGCUGUCAUUGGCAUGCAGAUCUUCGGCAAAGUGGCGCUGCAGGACGGGACGCAGAUCAACCGCAACAACAACUUCCAGACCUUCCCCCAGGCCGUGCUGCUGCUCUUCAGGUGCGCCACGGGGGAGGCCUGGCAGGAGGUCAUGCUGGCCAGCCUGCCCGGGAAGCGCUGUGACCCCGAGUCGGACGUGGGGCCCGGCGAGGAAUUCGCCUGCGGGAGCCACUUCGCCAUUGUCUACUUCAUCAGCUUCUUCAUGCUCUGCGCCUUCCUGCCAGGACUCCUGGGUUCUCUCCCAGCUCUGGGAGGGGAGUGGGGGCUAGUGGUUAGAGCAGAGGGGCUCGGAGCCAUGACUCCUGGGUUCCCAGUGUCUGUGUGUCGGUCCAGGCGGAGCUCCGACGGGAGCUGUAUCCCCCUGACGGUGCAUGAGGAGUCCUCCCCAGCCGAGGAGACGGUGGGGCAGCAAGGCUACAAUAGCCGGGAGGACGACUCGGAGAGCCUGGCUUCUCAGGACAGGCAGCCGUGUCUGGGGCACGCCCGGCUCUACCGGCGGCGCUGGGAUGAUGGUGGCUAUGGGGGGUCCCUGCCGCUGCCCCAUCGCCGCCUCUCCAACGCCCACUCGGACGGGGGGCCGGGGGGCCGCCUGGCCAAGCGUCGUCGCCUCCUGCCCCCCACGCCUGCAGGGCGGAAGUCGCCCUUUCUCAUGCAGUGUUUGCAGCGGCAGGGCAGCUGUGAGGACAUGCCCAUCCCGGGCACCUACCACCAGAACGCCCCGGCCCGGCGCCACCACUCCCAGGUAUCGGGGGGGCAGGCUGCCUGGGCUGCGCCCCCCAAGCGGGGCAGGCUGCUCUACGCCCCACUGCUGCUGGUGGAGGAGGGGGAGCUGACGGUCAGGGGCUGGGGGGAGAAGAGCAGCAGCUGGAGCCUCCCGCCCCGCUCCCGCACCCGCUGGGGGGCCCAUGAGUCGGACCUGCCCUGGCCCCCCUACACCCAUCUCCACAUGCCCAGUCCCAGCUACCACAACCAGCGGGGCAGCGCUGACAGCCUGGUGGAAGCCGUGCUGAUCUCGGAGGGCCUGGGGCUCUACGCCCGGGACCCCAAGUUCGUGGCCUUUGCCAAGCGGGAGAUCGCCGACGCCUGUCACAUGACCAUCGCCGAGAUGGAGAGCGCCGCCUCCGACCUGCUGAGCCGCGGGCGGGGGGCCGGGGGGCCCCUGGGCAGCGACAGGGAGGGGGCCCCCCUGUACAGCGACGAGGAGCCCCUCCGCUCGUGGGCCGAGGACGAGCUGGCCGAUGAGAUGGUCUGUGUGGCCUCGUAUUGACCGGGGCGGGGGGCGCGAGGACCCCCCUGAGGGGACCCCCAGGACUCAGAGAUACAGCUAGACCCGUCCCCAAGGGCAGGGAGCCGGGGAAGCCCCCCCGGGGGUGCAGCUGGCAGCAAUGGGGGGGCAGGAGAAGGACAGAGGAGGGGGCUCCCCCCCAAACGCAGCCCCCUCAUUGGCCGAGGCAGGCUCCUGCCCUGGGGGGGAGCCCCGCCUCCUUUGCUGAAGGCCACGCCCCUACCCAAUGGGGAGCCCCCUAGGGUAUGAGGGGGCGGAGCUGGACAGUUUAAUAAAGUCUCUUUGGAAGAAGUGAGGUCUGGGGUCUCCUGUUGGGGGGGCAUCGCAGGGACCUCCCAGCACUGGAUAUUUGGGUGGGGGAAUCGCCUAGAGGAACAGGACUGCAGCCGCAUCCACCCCAAUGGGAGACCCCCACUUCCAGGGAGAGAACCCAGGAGUCCGGUUCCCAGCCCCCCCUGCUCUAAC